GGACGCCCUCCUCCUCCUCUUCCUCCUCCUCCUCUUCUCUUGGCGGAUAACGGUGCCCAAGAAGUUAUUCAGGACCGACGCAGACAAUAGCGCCGAGACCUUCUAGUUCUGAUCCACGGCCAUCACUACUGAUUAAUGGUGUCUGCGCUGUGUCACAAAGAAGGAAACAGUCGGCUGAGAUCAUAUCAUGGAGGAUUUGGGAGUGCCUGAGCCGCUUAACUACCCUCUCAGUCCUCGUAUUGUUGUGUUUGAUGCCCUCCUUGCUGAUCUGGAGAACACCAGCUCUCCUUUACCACGGUGUCCCGUCCUGCUCACCUCUGACCCUCCGCAAAAUGCCGAUCCCACCACCCAGGACCCAGCCCAGACCCGGCCACCGCCACCUGCCUAUACCCCACAGCAGACUGUUUCUUCAGCAAUGAAGACCUCACAGAACUCCAACCCAGACAAAUUAUACAGCACAGUGUGUAAACCGCGCUCUCCCCGAAGCACAGAUCCUCCUCCAGCCUUCUCUUCCUCCUCGCUGCUAGGGGGAGGUCUGAGUGAACUGGAUCAUCUGCUACAGGAACUCAAUGCUACCCAGUUUAACAUCACAGAUGAGAUCCUGGCUCAGUUCCCUUCUUCUAAGAAAGAUGAGAGGGAUAAGGUCAAGGAUAAAGCCCCAACCUCCUCCUCCAGCUCUGCAAAGCCUUCCGCAACAUCAGCCACACUGGAACUGGACAAGCUGAUGGCGUCUCUGUCUGACUUCAGAGUCCAGAGCACACCAGCUGCGCCCAUCACUCCAGCGGUUACAGCAUCGCAGCAGCCCGCCGCCCCUCCACAGCCUUCAUCUGGAGGCUCGCUGGACAGCAUGCUGGGGCUCCUCCAAUCAGACCUGAGCCGACAAGGAGUGCAAACAUCCUCUAAGGGAAACUGUUCAGCCUGUCAAAAGCCAGUAGUAGGACAGGUGGUGACAGCUCUGGGGAAAGUGUGGCACCCCGAGCACUUUGUGUGCACUGAGUGUGAGACAGAGCUGGGCAGUCGCAACUUCUUUGAGAAGGACGGACGGCCGUACUGCGAGCCGGACUACUUCACCCUGUUCUCCCCUCACUGUGCACACUGCAACAAACCCAUACUAAAUAAAAUGGUCACAGCUCUGGACAAGAACUGGCACCCAGAGUGUUUCUGCUGCGUAAAGUGCAGCCGCGCCUUUGGAGAGGAAGGUUUCCAUGACCGUGAGGGCCAGCAGUACUGCCAGCAGUGUUUCUUGACUCUGUUUGCUUCCCGCUGUCAAGGCUGCAGCCAGCCCAUUCUGGAAAACUACAUCUCAGCUCUGAACUCUCUCUGGCACCCACAGUGCUUUGUAUGUAGGGAAUGCUACAGCCCUUUCGUCAACGGCAGCUUUUUCGAACAUGAGGGCAAGCCGCUGUGCGAGGCCCACUACCACCAGUCCCGCGGCAGCGUGUGUCAGGCCUGCCAGCAGCCCAUCCUGGGCCGCUGCGUCACCGCCAUGGGGGCCAAAUUCCACCCGCAUCACCUCGUGUGUCACUUCUGCCUGAAGCCACUGAGCAAAGGCUGCUUCAAGGAGCAGGAGAACAAGCCCUACUGCCACCCCUGCUUCAUCAAGCUCUUUGGUUGAGGGCCCAGCAGGUCUUAGCCAGUUCUCAGUUCUCUUUUUAUUAUUUUUUUUUUAUACUGUGGGAGUGAGGGUGGAGCUGGACUCUGUAAAUUUUUAAGAAUAUCUGAGUCAGCAGAGAGAAGAGGAGGAAGAAAGAAUCAUCCAGCCCAACUCAUUUUAUUUUGAAAAUGGACCACAUUUGGACUGGCAGUAUGAACUCACAUUUUAUUAUUGGUUAGAAAAAAAAAAAUCAUGUAUGUAAACAUUUUACAUACUGCAUUCAUUCAAAUUGAAUACUGAGAAUUACACUUUGCUGCCAGGUGUUAAAAAGAAGGCAUAAAUGUAUUCAUCAAUUCAGAAUUUGUACUGUUGUGCAAGGAAAUCCCCUUUAAUAUAUUUGCUUUGUAAUGCAAAAAGUAACCAUGUCACUGCAACUGCAUUUUUUUAAUAUUGUAUGCUGACUGCUACGUGUGUUUAUAGGAAACAAACUGAAUUAUCAUGUGUUUAAAAUGAGAUUUUUUUCUUUUGCAUUAUUCAUUCACUAUUGCGCUAUGCAAAAUGCCAAAAACAAUUCCAAAGAAUAAAA